CCUCUCCAUUUUCUUCCAGUGGUCAGUAAAUUAAGCUAGCAGCACCAUUUUAGGGAGACUCGUUGUAAAACCUGUUUCCAGCAUUUAGUGAUUAGUCUGAGAAAGACCCGAAUUCAGCUAGAGUUUGCUCAUUUCAUACAGCGCUCAGCUAGGAAGGUAGCGUGUUGUUCUAUUUCAACACAAGAAUAGAAGGACACCCCACACGGUGCCGGUAACGUUACCAGUUAGCUACUAAAGCUAACCCUAGCCGCCAGGCUUUUCUCCACCGACGCAUCAUUCACUGAGCCUGGAAGCAAAGUCUGCCAAAAUGAGCGCAGCCUCCUCCCAAAAAGUUGUGCUGAAAAGUACCACCAAAGUGUCCCUAAACGAGCGGUGAGGCGCCACGCACCCCGUCAGCAGUUAGACACCAGAUGCAAGGGACAGCCUUGGCUUGUGAAGGUUCUAGUGCUCCCUACGGAAGGCUACUGUUGGGGGACCGGAUCCGACAUGGAGGCUAUUCUGGCUGUCCACAGUGUGUGCACUGCUCACUCAACUUUGUUGGUUCCAUCAAUAUUUUUUGAUGCACCUGCAGAGGUAAAUGGGAUUGUACCAUGGAGAAAAUACCCAAUGCCCAAUACCUUGUGUGAGCAGUGCACACAUAUAACCAAGGGGAGAGGGUAGUGGUCGCUCUGGGUAAGCCUUGGUUAGCCUAUGCUGGACCAGACCACCUUCCUACAAAUGCCCUGGCACUCCUGCUCCCUGAUACUUAAACAGCACAGUAUACAUCAAGUAUACACCUCCAAUGGGGAGAGGAAGGCUUAAACUAAACCAGGACGAUGGGGGCACCUCUUGAUCCUUUCUGCCUCUCAAACCAGUGAAUGUGAAGCACAUGCUCCUUUUUGUCCUCCUGUUCUGUCAUUCAUUCUCUUCUAAGUCUAUAAAAGACCAGAUACUCAGUCCUAGCUUGGACGUGACAAAGAGCUUCCCUCCCCCCCCUCAUACCUCCAUCCCUUCUGAGUCUCUUCAUGGUUUAACCAAGUCACGGUCCAUGCUGUAAGUGGCUGGGUGGCUAGGCACUCCUCAGGUCCAGGGCCUCGGCUGCUGCAGCAUGAUGACACCCCAGCCUGUCAGCUGGAGGCCUGUAAGUGGCAAAUUGCGCUCUUCUUCUGUCACCUUUCUAUUUCUGUCCCUCAGUCUGUCCUUGCACUGUGAGUUUUUCUUUCAGUUUGCCUUUCUUCUUGUGCUUGUUUGAAAACACAUGCUAAAUUCAAGUAUAAAUCAUUCUGGAUGGUCAUGAGAGAAACUUCACUAACAUGCUGAAGAACAAGCAGCCCACUGCGGUAAGCAUUCGAGCCACCAUGCAACAGCAGCAUUUGGCCAGUGCUCGCAAUCGCCGGCUGGCCCAGCAGAUGGAGAACCGGCCCUCGGUGCAAGCAGCGCUGAAUCACAAGCAGAGCCUGAAGCAGCGCCUCGGGAAGAGCAACAUCCAGGCCAGGUUGGGCCGGCCUGUCGGGACUCUGAUGCGUGGAGGAGCUGCUGGAGGUAGAGGGGGAAUGCGAGGAAUGACCAGGGGCACCCUCCGAGGACGAGCCAGAGGAGGAGUAAUGAGGGGAGCCCUGUCCCUGAGAGGGAAGAGAGUGUCUUCUACAGGUGGGCCCAUGCGAGGUCGUGGCUCUGCUGGCCGUCUAGCAAUGCGUAGAGGAGGCCGCCAGCGCGGAGGACCUCCUGGCAGAGGGGGAGCUCUGUCCAGAGGAGUAGCCAGAGGAGGCGUAGCCAGAGGCCGCGGUGGACUGCGUGGGCGUGGUGGUUUUGCCGGCCGAGGUGGGCGUGGCCGCGGACGAGGCCGAGGUAUUGGCCAACAAGCUGUGACCCGUGAACAACUAGACAACCAGCUGGACGCCUACAUGUCGAAGACCAAAGGUCACCUGGAUGCUGAGCUGGAUGCAUACAUGGCCCAGGCAGACCCUGACAGUAUGGAGUGACCAUGAAGAACUCUGAAGCAGACACAUGUAGAGUCACAGAACUGUACAGCUGAACUCGCACAUGCAUGUAGUUUUUCACCAGAUUAAUGGGCUCAGAAUUUAUUAUGUUUGUAAUUUAGAUGAGUGGUGACAGUCCAGGACUUAGCUUUGGAACAGCAGGAAAUCACGGUUUUCCUUGAUUGUGCUUCGACCACUACUCAAUUCUGCAUCAACCUGCUCCUGCAAACUCCCUUUUAAAUCUGGGAAAAAUUAGUGUACGGACCUUUUUAAACAUUAACAAACUCUGCUGUCUGUAGACAUCAUUAUAUAUAUGACCUAAAAACACUUUGAACGUUUGGGACAUAUCUAACGUGGUCAAUGAUCUAGGUGAUGUUUCAAAACCAAUUUUUAAUUUCACCUGUUUUUUUUAUCUUUUAUUUUACAUGUGAUUUUAGCACUAGUGUGCUACGACCUGCGAGGAUUCAUUCAUUGGCUUGUCUUGGCAACAUUUGCAAUGCAAAACUUUUCUAAAAUAUUUGUUAAAAGAAUGUAAUCAAAGUUUCCAUUUGCCAUUGUUUUGUAUUUAAAAUAUGUAGUACUUUUAAGUAUUUUGUUCCUCUGUAUCUUCCACCUGUCAGCAUUCUUCAGUGGACUACUGACCUUCUUAACUUGUACUUGAGAGCAUUUGUAUGACAUUAUCCAAAGCAAGUGAAAUAGGUUUUAAUUAAAAUGGAAAGGAUUUCCCUAAUUGUGUCAAUUGAAUGAAUUAAUUGCCUUGAGUAAAAAUGGAGUGAGUUGAA